AUGAACGUUCUCGUCUCGUUUCUGCAUGCCUUCCUGUCCCUCCCAGUUCCCCUCCCUCGUCCCUCGUUUCUUUUGUCAACUCGUUUCCGCAUUUCCUUCCCUCCCGCGUUCUCCCCCUCCUGCCGUACCCACCACUCUGACCCAUCUGCUGGAGCUGUUCUCAUACGGGCACCUGCCGCGCUUCCUGCUGCUGGGCAUCACGGCGUGCAAGCUGCUCUCCGCGCUCAUCAGCUGCUGCCUCUUUUCUCCUACGGGCAUCUGCCGCGCUUCCUACUGCUGGGCAUCACGGCGUGCAAGCUGCUCUCCGCGCUCAUCAGCUGCUGCCUGUCUGUGCCCACCACACUCCCCCCAUUCCCCCCCCUUCCUUUCCCCUUCCCCCAGUCUGACCCAUCUGUUGGAGCUUUUCUCCUACGGGCAUCUGCCGCGCUUCCUACUGCUGGGCAUCACGGCGUGCAAGCUGCUCUCCGCGCUCAUCAGCUGCUGCACCGUGCUGCAACUGGGGCUUGA